AUGAUGGUCAUCGGCGGUAUCUUCUCCGUCGUCUACCAGCUGAUGUUCCUCCUCGCCUGCCGUCCGCUCGAUGCGGUGGGUGUGCGCAUGGUCGGGCUCCUUCUAGCGACCAACUUCACCUUCAACGCGAUCGCCCCUCUGCCACUCGUUCUGGAGGAGCGUCAGCUGUGGCUGGAGGGCGAGGGCUGCGCGGGGCUCCGCUUCGCCUACGCCUCUUGUCGAGUGGCCUGGCACAUUAUAUUCGCCGCGUCCGCCUUGCUGGCGGUGAUGGCUCCCUCGCCGCGCCGCGCCCUCUUAAGGCUUUGGCUGGUGCUGCGUGUGAGCUUCCCGACUCAACUGAUGCUGCCGACCAACCACGCCUUCCUCUGGGGCGGGUGGGGCGACUGUGCCCUGACGAGCGAUGGCACACCCAACGCAUGGUAUCUGGCAUCCCCCGGCGCGUUCGCAUGGUCGUUGACUGGAACUCUCUGCGCACUGCUGCUCACCGAGCGCAACCGCGGGCGCAUCUUGCAUGCCAUAUCACGAAUAGGGCUCUCGGGGGAGUCGCGGAGACUCGCCGCUGUGGGCACUCUACUUGGGGCAUCGCCUUGCUGUCCUGUGGACAGCAGGGUAGAUGCGGCGAUGGAGAUGUUUACCGCUGUGCCCUUCUCCGCGCUGAAUCGGGAUGUCUUCCAGUCAUCGACGCCGACGCAGCAAGAGCAGCCAGCCGCGAAGCGCGUAAAGCUGGGCGAGGUGGACGCAUUCGUAAGCCACUGCUGGGGAGACGACGGAAACGACAAGUAUGCCGCCCUGUUGGCGUGGGCGAAUCAAUUCCGAGAGGCACACAGGCGCGAGCCGCUGCUUUGGAUAGAUAAGUGCUGCAUAAAUCAGGGGGACAUCCAGAGGUCUCUUCGAGGCUUGCCCGUCUAUAUCUCGGGCUGCAAAAAGCUGCUUGUCUUGGCGGGGCCCGACUACUGCUGCCGACUUUGGUGUGCCCUGGAGCUGUUCUGCUUCUUGACACUAGGUGGGGAGACGGGCGAUAUCACGGUCCUCAAGCCCCACGUAGCAAACCUCUCGAGACCAGCAAUUGGGUUCAAGCUUUCGGACGCAAAGUGCUCGCUGGCCACAGACCGAGACCGCAUUCUGUCCACCAUUGAAGCCGCUUUCGGCUUUCAAGAGGUGUUCAAUAGAGUGGUGUGUGAGCUGAUGGCGACGUGUAUGGUACAGCGUGAAGAGGUGUGGUAG